GGUGUUCAGUGUUAGAAAGAAGCACAACAUUAAAGUUAAAAUGGCGGAACGUAACAAGACAAAUGGCUACGCUGGUUUCUAGAUUGUCCUCCAUUUUGGAUCGAGCAACUAACUAUCCAACCAAACACACACACACACACACACUCGUACUAUUGCCUGCUGUAAUGUUGAUGUACAUGAAGCAAGUCUAACUUUUGCUUUUCACCUAUAAAGUCAGAAGUCUGAACAAGAUGAAGUGGAGAAGUUUGUUGUUUCUUUUUACCUGCUUGCUGAUGCAGAAAUUGGUCUCUGGCCAAGAAAAUGAACUAUUCAAAGUGAAGAAGACACCUGAUCUCUUUACAUUCACAUGCACUAAUGGCAAAUGGAGCUUGGAAAAUGGAAGUACACCAGUUGAGAUCAAUUUACCCUACAAAGAUUUAAAUUCUGUGUAUACGUGUUCUAAAAAUGAAAAAAUCUAUGAAAUUACAAUUAAAUUCAGAACUUGUGACAACUGUAUUGAGCUGGACACACCUGCCUUGACUGCCAUCAUCGUGGGGAACAUUUUGGCCACCUUUCUCAUUGCCUUUGCGGUUUAUAGCAUUACAGCGCAGCCCAAAGGCAAAAACUUCUCUGGCAACAAAGCAUCAGAUAAAGUGAAUCUAAUCACCAACGGAGAUAGAGAAACGUAUCAGCAACUGAAUCCAGGUCAGAAUUCCGAGUACAGCAGGCUGGAAGUCAGACAUAAGUGAUCAUCGUCAUAAUCAUCAUCACUUUCAUAUGACGCCAUCUUUAAAUUCAGAUUUGACUCAACUGGUCAUGGGAACCCCAACGUCUGUUCGUACAAAAAAUACAUUUUAAUAUACCUAUGGGUGCUUUUGUUUUUUUAAAACGUUUGUCUUUCAGUAUCAUAGUUAAGCAGUAGCCCUGAUGAAUAUUGUUAAUGCUGGGUAAUAAUGAAUGAAUUUCAUAAAUUUAUAAACAUACAUAAGGCUAGAAACGCUGAAAUUUAUUAUAAAUUAUGAAGAAAUUACAGAGGUAUUUUAAUAUUAAAGUCAUUCUAAAUGUAUGAACGUUACUUGUAUAUGGAUGUUCGGCACAGUUUGAGUUAACGUCGUAAACUAGUGUAGCAAGCCUAACUGGAAUUAACUGCGUUGACUGUCCUUCAUCACGUUUGACGGAUCGAAUAAAAGCGAUCAGUUUUUCUCUGAAAGUUUCUGUUUCCUUAUCUGUUGUUCACUUAGGUGAAGUCGAAGGUCAGUUUUCGCAAACAAAUCGUCUUGUUUAGCUCGCUGCUUUGCUGAUUUUACUAUUAGAGGCUAUUAGAUAUAUUAUAUUAGUUAUAAUCUUUAAAAUUUGCCUUCUUGUGAUUAGCCUGAAUUAUGUAACUAAUCAAACUGUUACUGUUAUCACCGUGACGUUGAUUAUUUUCCUAUAACAGCACACCCCAAACUGUUUAUUGCACUUAUACCACAGCAAUUUGCCAACAAUUGCAAUUUUGCUGCUGACGUGGCGGGAAACGUAAGUCCUUCCAUUAACGUUAAACAAACAUCCCCUUACUGAAAAACUUAAGCUUAGAUUACAUGAAACGUCCACCAUACAAGUCUGUAUGAAUUAGUUGUUACUACACAAGAUAUGCAGUAGUCACUAUAUUCAGAGGUGGUCACAAUUAAUCACCUGGCCCAUCAGAAUCCAGAAUUCGCUGUGUUUUACAGAUAGCAAAAUCUAAAAAUAAAUAAAUAAAUAAAUAAAGAUCAGACUUUUACUAAAACUAGACAGGAAUUUUAUAUGAGGGUAAAAAAUUCAGCAUUAAUUAUGCUCAAAUCAUCAAGAAUACUCAUUGGUUUGUGUACACGAGAAAUCAAUUGAAUGUUUAGGUGGUAAGCAAGGUGAAGUCGUUUAAUAACCGUUUAUUAAAAUGUUUUGUAUUUAAAAUGGAUUCAAGUACAUUUAGCAAAGUGGCCAAGGGAAGAAAGAGCCGAGUCGACCUACAGAAGCGGCAAAGUCGAACAUUCAAAAUAAAAUUUGAGAAGUGGCUAAGUACAGAAUACUCUAAGUAUUAAGAAAUGGUCAUGGAAUGACUUCCACAUGUAAGCAGACUUAGUAAAGCAAAGCAAAGGUUGUUAAAGAAGUGGGCAGGUAAAGAACGGUCAUAGGCAUGGAGAAGAGUUAUCUGUGUAUACAUAGCGCAGUUUUUUUUUAUCUUCCUGUCCUUAAUUAUGUUUCCUUCCUUCUGAAUGGAUUGCUAGCAUAGAAUUAGCAAUGCACCUAAAAACUGUGUUUUAUUUUAAUAAUUAAUUCUGAAUUCCAGACUUUUGUAAAAUUCAUGCUGAGAAUUUUAUCGCCCUCGAUCAAGUUUAUAUUUUAUUUUUAUGUAGGAGUGCUAACCUCUGUACCAUUAAAUGGUAAACAGUGGCUAGCAAUCUUAAACUACAAAUCUACUUACAAGUAUUAUUUCAUAACAUGGCAGUUUGGCGAGCUAGUUUAGUUGAGUUGAUCAGGUAACUUGAGAAUCGCCUGUUUUAUUCUUUCUAACUAUUAUUUUUAACAUAUGUCCUCAAAGUGUUAAGAUUUUUUUUCUUCUGUAUUUGAUACUGUUCCUGUAAUUGCUUUUAUAGAUCAAGAUGAAACUAUGUUGGUUGUUGAAAAAGAUCGGCAAACGUGCAAAUUUGUAAUAUAAUACAGCGACCUGAGAUUGAAUGGAUUCGAUUGCAAUUAUUGUAGAUAUGCAAAAAGAUGAAAGCUAACGUUUGAAAGGUUAUUGUUUCUUUUUGUGACGCUUGUAAAUCUAAUAAAGCACUCUUUACUAAGUGAA